UUGAAUAUUGUCACAUAAAUUCGAUCCAUAAUAAGAUUGAAAUAGAAUCCCGUUGUCCAUUUGCUUGUUAUGCCUACUUAUUUUGCUUUUGAAAACACAAAGAAAGAACACCAUUUGACACAACUAUGGUUCAAGAAAAAAGAUCCUCUAUAUUUGAAAAAAUCACAACAACAAUUACCCUAGGGUUACUACUAUGAAACAAUGUUCCAAACUAGAAUAAUUUUGAAGUACAUACGCAAACAAAGGUCCCUAAUUUGUGGAAACAAACUGUUGAAUCUUGAUUCCUCAAGAUUUAAGACCUCCUCUGCUUCAAUUUCCACCAAGUCAUCUAAGCAUCAGAAAUCCAAGAAAACUGAAAACCCCAGUUUGAAAAAACAAAUUGAACCCCAGAAUACUUCGCUCUUCAAUGAGAUCAGAGAGAUUUUAGGAACAGAGACUGUAGUAACUGCAGAUGAAAACCCAUAUGGACCUGAAAUACCCGUCGUGGACUCAUCAUCUUGCACGGGAAGUGUUUGUGAAAAUGCCAAGCCUAGUACAGAGCUGAAAAUGAGAAAUUUACAUGAUGAUACUCCGAUAGAAAUUUUGGUGAAAAGGGAUAUUAGUCCCAUUGUUCACAAGAUUACAGAGAUUGUGAGGAGUGAAAAUAAUGUGAUUUCAAUGGAGGAACAACUGGAAAAAGCAGGUUUUGAGUAUAAUGAGGAGGUUGUUGACAAGGUUUUGAAGAGGUGUUUCAAAGUUCCUCAUUUAGCUUUGAGGUUUUUCAAUUGGGUGAAAUCAAGAAAAGGAUUUAGUCAUACUACAGCGACUUAUAAUACAAUGAUUUACGUGGCUGCAGAAACAAAGAAGUUUCGCUUGGUUGACGAAUUGGUGGAGGAAAUGGGGAGGAGUUCCUGUCAGAAGAAUCUUAAGACGUGGAGUAUUCUGCUAUCCCAUUUUGGGAAUGCGAAGUUGAUUGGUAAAGCAUUGUUCACGUUUGAGCAGUUGAAGAAAUAUGGUUAUGAACCUGACUUAAGGGCUUAUAAGACCUUGUUGAGUUCGCUUUGUAAUGCUGGAAAAGCAGACAUUGCUUUG